GAGCUGCGCGAUGGCUGCCGCACGGUUGCUGCUGCGCCUUGCUGGGCGCCUGGAGUCAGUGAGCUUCACACAGAGUGUGUGUGGCCUCCUGGGCGCCAGGCAGGGACCCGGGCCGUGGCACACGCAUUGCAGCUUGGAGCGAGGACAGCUUGUCCUCUCUAGCAAUUCAUUCCCCGGCGCUUCGGAGAGGCUUCCAAUCCAGCCUGGCCAAACAAACCCCUCUUGCCAGAGACCCCUUUUCUGCCCUUUUGCGGCUCUGGACCAGCAGCCUGAGGUCUCCAGGACAGAGCCGCUCACAAAUAGAGGCGUGGAUCUGGGUGUGGCAGUCAUUCUUCAGUCCAGUGACCAGACUGUAUUGUUGACCCGAAGGACAUGCACCCUCCGCAUCUCCCCCAAUCUGUGGGUCCCUCCAGGUGGGCACAUGGAACGUGAUGAGGAGAUCCUGGAGUGUGGGCUUCGAGAGCUCUGGGAAGAGUGUGGAGUACAGCUACCCCAGAACCAGAUUUCUUGUGUCCUUCUGGGGUUAUGGGAGUCUGCCUACCCUCCUAGGCUGAGUUGGGGUUUUCCCAAAUACCAUCACCUCGUUCUCUAUAUACUUGUGAUCUCCCAGGAGUCACAGGAGCAGCUCCAGGCCAGGAUCCACAUAAAUCCAAAUGAGGUGAAUGCCUUUAUGUGGCUGGGACCAGAUGUAGCAGCGGCUGUGGCUGCCACAGAGAGUGGGACAAAGACACCGGAACCUCUCUCCCAGGACAUACCACUCUCUGUCUGUGCAACCGAGCUGAGGGGUGAUGGAGGAACGCAACCUCUGGUCCUGCCCAUGCCUAUACUCAUGCGGACAACCCCAACCAUGGCAGAGGAGGACAAAGAAAGGGUCAGCGCUGGCACCAAGUUUGCCCUCCAGCUCUGGCUGCAACAUCUGGGCAGAUGAAGGUAAAAGUGAAGUUCACACAGACCCCAGACCAGCAAGGAAGCCUGGCAACCUGAGGUCUGAGGCCAAUCCCUGGGAUCUCCUUCAAGAUGGAAGGACAGGUCCUACUCCAUGAAGUUGCCCUCUGACCUCCACAUGCAAAACCAUGGCGCACAUGCCCACAUACACAGUAAUAAACAUUGUAAAUGUUCUUUUUUUUUUUGUGAAAGGAUGGAACAUGGACCCUCUGCCCCACAAACCCUGGGUCUGGAAUGCGAGGUACAACAUCUCUUCCCCUCCAUGACGCUCACAGAACAUUCACAACCUUUAUUGUAGGCGAGAACUCUGCUACAGCUCUGGGAGUAAAAAGUAAAAUCACAUCAUAGGGCCUUGACCCUGAAGGGGCCUGAGUAUGGGGAAGGAGGACACAGAGUUCCUGUGUCCCACAGAAGGUGCAAGAAUAAUCUAGGCCGGAACACAGGUCACUAGAAGCUUAGGCCCUUGGCUGUUUAGCAUAAAAACAUCAUGAACUUAAAUAUAUAAAUAGAGAGACCCAGGCAGUAGACGGGCCACGCCCUGCUCCUGAGCCCCUGGGAAUCACAACUAAGGCCUUGUUUCCUCCUCACAAUGGGAAGUAAAAGGCAAGGGAAGUCAUCUUUGGAUACUUUGGGGUUUUCUUAUUUAUGUACAAAAAAGAAAUCCGCAACCCAAAAUAGAGUUCUCUGUCCAUCUCUGACCUAUAGCCUGACUAUGGCCAAAGAGAAUGGAAUGGACAUAAAAGACCAGAUGUUUGGGUUUGGGUAGGGAAAGGGGCAGGAAAGUACCUUUCCCCAAGAGGCUGAAGAUCUGGUAAAGGCUGAGGACCCCCUCUUCCCUCAGUUCCUAUCCUUCCAUCCACCUCCCACAGCCUAGUUUACCAUACCCAAAGGAAUGUGCCACCAUCAAAGAACACUUCCAAAAACAGACCCCAGUGUCCUUUUAAAAAAGGUUAAAUGUUAACCCUGUGAGUACUGGCCUUGUUAGUCAGUGAUAAGGCCAAAAGCAAGUAUCCAUGAAGGUCUGGCCUGGCCUUUGGCCAAUGACCCCUGAGGGAUCAGAGCAGCCAGGGGUUGGGAACCCACAAUGUGUCUGCUCAGUGCUGGGGCCAGUGGAGAUUGAUUUUGUAAUCCAAAUAACUCAGUCCAAGGAAAUGACGUCUGACCGACAGCCAGUCAAAGCAGGACCUGAAGGCAGGGGUCCUCCAUGCCCUUCCCUCAAGGAACUCCCAGGAGCCACAAUGCUGCUGACACGACCAGGAGGGGGCGCUGGAGUGGAGCUGCGGUGAGAGCUCCCCAGUGUGGGGGCCAGUGGGCCCAGGAAGUGGGAAGGGGUUCCCCGGUACUGGAAGAAGUGGCCAAGGGUGUCCUGUUCAUCUAGCGAAGUGAUAACUGAAGGACCGUAGUGCUGGAGGGAUGAAGGGCACAGCUUGACGUCUUAUCUUGACUCAGCGCCUCGCUCACCUCAAAACCACCUCGUGGGGUACCAACCCUUGUGGAUCUCAUGGCACUCUUGAGAAGAAAAGCUGGGGACCUCUCUGACUCUGCUCUGUUCCCCCAGACCCUUCUCCUGUGCCUUGCCUUGAGACAGCCCCUUCAGACAUCCAGUUCUUGGCUUUGUGGGUGUCUGAAAUAUGUGGAGCGCCCACUGGGGAAGGUUCUGAGUAAUGUGGGAGUGAGUGAGCAGGAAGAGGGGCGCUAGGAAGGCACAGGUGUGAAUAGUCUCCCCUCACAGAAAAGCAUUUUUAAAUCCCUAGGGAAACUGAGCAGGGGAAGAGUGUAUCAUCAGUAUCUAGAAAGGACUCUCCCGGGUUCUUAGAUCUUCUGAGACAUGACCACUUACCUGACUCUCAGUCUGAAGGAAAGAAAAUAAAUCUAAACCUGGAAGGGCUGGAAUGGCAGCCGAGGUAACGGGGCAGUGCUUCUUGAUGGGUGGCAGAUCUUCCUCAUCUGAUGAGCUUUCGAUGGUCAAGUCAAUGACUUCAACCCUCUUCUUAUUCUCUGACUGAUUUCCCUCCUGGACUGGGCUGUACUGGAGACCUGUGGGUGGUUAAGAAGGCUGUCUCAGAAAAAGGGUCACCCAUGAUUUAGUUCAAUUGGGGAGCAGGGGGUCACUCACCAUCCAGCCCAUACCCUGGCGGGGGGCAAACCUCUGAUGCCUCCUUCUUGGGUUUCAUUGGACACCAGGAUCCAUCUUCCAUGAACUGGAUCUCAUCACAGUCCGAACAGGAAUUAAGAAUUUCCAUGAAUAAACUAGGGGAGGAAGACAUGGCAAUUCAUGAGGCUGGAAGAGGCUGGACCCGCCCUCAGGGUUCUGAGACUCACUUCCUGUGCCUUGGUCACCUCUUCUGCAUUACCCACCCUACUGGACCUCUCUGAGCUGCUGCUGGAAUCGAAACACAGACUGGGACUGAAGCUCAAUAACAGAGCGCUUGCUUGGCAUGCAGGCCCUGAGUCUGAUCCCUAGCAUUGUGGGGGAAAGGAUGUAAGAGAGUUUCGGCACAGGGUUAAAUCUUCCUAAGAGAAAAUGUGAGAGCCCUGGUGGAGGCUGUGGAAGGGGACUAAGACCACUUAGGACCAAGAAAAUCACUUGCUUAUUAGGGGUUAUGGUGGAAGACUAGCUAUAUAAGUACAUCCAGGACCUCAAAAAACAAACAAACAAACAAACAAACCCUUACUGCAUCAAUCUAAUAAAUGCUUUUGUAACAGGAAAAA